CUUUCACGCCUGUCAGAUUAAUUGUUCAGAGAAUUGCACCAAAAAUGAAUACCUACGACGAAGCCUUGUCCAAAGUGCUAGACCAUAUGCUGGCGAAGAGAAACUGUGAGGUGGUGGACGAAGUACUGCGUCAGUCGAUGCUGGCACUUUUGCGGGACAGAUUCCGUGAGAUUGCCAAUCGGACCACCAACUGCUCCAAUCACGCUGGUCGCAGUAAGCCCAGCUACUUUGAUGUGGAGGCAACCUUUGACCGGAUGAACAUCCAGGUGCGCGACCUUGUGGCCGUUUGCCGGGGUCACUCGGAGUCGAAGGACGUGGUCAAAUGUCCAGAGCCGGAGACAGGCGACCAGGACGUCCACAGGGGGCCACAGCCAAUGCUGUGCGCCACGAAGCCCCGGGAAAUGGCCUGUACCUCGCACAUUCCCGACUAUUUGCCACCAUUUCCCGGGCCGCACACCUACAGGAAUACGGUAAUGGAACAGGUUACCGAUAGAAGCUAUGUGGCAGUGAGGGAACGCCAUGCCGAGAAUCAGUUGAACACCCAAAAGGCACUGAACGCAUUCUACUUGAGGUGCAGUCCCAAGCUGUCGCUGUUCGAAAGUAACCAAAACGAUGAAGUCGGUAGUGUUUUAGCCGUGGUUCCGCCCAAGAAACCUGCCUUUUUGGAUGCCUUGAUGCCACGCAGCCAGGUCUUUGAGAAGGACAUUUAUGAGUACAAGGAGGAGAUCACCCAUGCAGCCCUGCGCUGCCGCUUUUUGAAGGAGCCCAAGGAGCACUGGGAGCAGAAUUCACUCCAGACCAGUGCAAAUUGGCAAGCCGAAGACGUGGAAAUGCAGGUAUUGGAGUCGGAUUCCGAUGGGGAUGAUUUCGUGUCCGUGGACGAAGGUGAGGCGAUGGAGGAGUCGGACUCGAUGCAGGAGAUUAACUGGUCGCAGCCGGACUGAAUGCUGAAAUACUGAACCGAACUGAAAUACUGCAA